UUGGACAAUGAUUUGACGUGCAGCCUUGGAGAGAAAAAGUAAAAGUGAUGUUUGUUUAUAGUUAUUUUGCUUAAAAAUAGUCCAAAAACAUUAUGGAAAUAAAUAUCUACAUUAUGAGCCUGUUGAUAGUAGCGUUGGCCAUUAUAGGUUUGCAAUUUUAUGGAAUUUUUGGCUCCUCUGCCAUCCCUGUCAUUCGAAUAUUCAUGGCCUGUAUUGGCGGAGUAAUAUGUGGAUUUGUUUUGGUUUUAAGAAACAGCAAAUAUAGAAAGGCGAACGUACCAGAAAAGCCACGAAAUGUACAAAAGAUGUCUGAAUUUAUGGACAAAAUCACACGGACACAGUUCCAUGUUCCGUAUAAACACACAACUGUAGUGACAAACACAAUAGACAAGGAAAUUCAAGAAGUGUUUGACCUGUUUAUUAGAGACUUUUGCCUGUCUUGGUUUGGGACUUUAGGCAAGGAUGAACAUGCUUUCAAAGAUAUGCUUACUAAAGAAUUGUGGGACAUUACACACUGUUUUGUAUCAAAAUUGCAACAUGUUGACAUGGUGAAAUUUCUGUCAAGUGAUUUGGUUAAUUUAUUAUGUAGUCAUUUUCAGGAUCUCAGGUUGUCAGAUCAAAGAAGAUAUCCUGGAACAGCAAAGCCAUUUGUGCUGCAUCCAUGCUUGUCAAGUAAUUCUGCAGAACUUGAAUAUCUACGCACAGCCUCAGAGGCUGUGUUGUAUGCACUUCUCUCUAAAAACAAUUCAAAUUCAGCCCCCUUAAGACUCUUACUUCGUGAAAUUUUGGCAUACACAGUCUUUCAACCAAUGUUUGAGAGGUUAUGUGAUCCAGAUUAUAUUAAUCAAACAUUGUUAUGGUAUCUAGAAUCAAAAGAGAAACUAUCUGAAUCUCAUAAGAAGGAUUAUGCCUAUGCAGAGACAUAUGAAGAAUUUAUAAGGCUGAUUAAUACUAGCCAAGAUAUUGAACAUGUCAAACAGAUAAGAUACCACAUUAUUGCAGAAAUUAUGCAAGCUACCAGCAUUCACAACCUCAAAGGAUUACAUGUUGAUCAGGCUGGUCAAGGGCAGGCAAAUGAUAAAGGUGAGCUGCUUCGUGCUCGUAAUCUUAAAAGAUACAUCAACCAAUGUACUGUUGCUAAGGCACAGUGUGAAAAGAGAAUCAAGAUGCUUGGUGGACCAGAUUACACUGACCAAAGUUCUGGAGAUGCGAAGAGGGAUGAUGGGAGUUUGUCAUCCCGAAACAAGAAACAAGCCAGACAAAAAAAGAUAUUGAUGUAUUCUGAGAUUAUUGAUAAUAGCUUAGCAAGAAGCUAUUUCAUGCAGUUUCUUCAACACAACGGAGCUGAUCAUAUGUUAAGGUUUUGGAUGGCUGCUGAAAACAUGAAACAACUUAAGAAAGUUAAACCAGACAAAGUUUACGACAGUGCAAAGGAAAUUUAUAACAUCUACAUUGUGCCUUCUGCACAGCAAUCCGUGCGCGUUGACUCCGCGCUUGUUCGAAAAAUGGAAUCGUAUUUGAGUGAUGGUGACGAUGAUAGCGCAUUUUUUGAAGCUCAAAUCCAAAUCUAUCUGAAAAUGGAUGAAAAGUAUUAUCACAAAUUUGUGAUUUCUGAAGAAUAUGUGCAGUAUAUCUGCGUGCUGGAGUCCGCAUUAGAAUCUGUCCAGGGAGACCAGGAUCUUAUGCUAUUAAACUGGCGUGAUGGUACCGAAAGUUUUGACCAACAGAAGCAGCAAGUGUCUGAAGGGGAAAAAACGAAUUCAAUAGAAGACAGAAAUGAAUACAUCAUAAAACAGCUCUCAAUUUUGGAUCAAAAACUUGCAUCAAAGACUCAGCAAGUUGAAUUGGUGAAGAGAUUACAUGACAUGCAUAUCGAGGGAAAACGACUUGAGACGGAAAUCGAUGCUCUUAAAAAGGAGAAAUGUGAUUUAGAAGCACGAAUGGAACGUGCUGAGAUGUGGUGUGAUAACAUUGGAAAUUGGAGGGUAGUAAUUCAGAGUGCUUCAAUAGAAGAAACUAAAGACAAACCAUUGCCUGUUUAUAUUUUGAUGGUUCAUCGCAAAUCUCUUCAUGGCGAUAAUGAACCGUCGUCGGAAACAAAGGGAUGGAUUGUCGCUAAAACGAUUAAGGAUUUUCAAAACCUCCACUCGAAACUGAAGGAGUGUUGUGGUCGUCUCAAAAAAGAGCUUCCUUUACCUAGUAAAAAAUGGUUUAAAACAUUUGACGAGGAAUUUUUAAUGAAGUCCAAGUCUAUGUUAGAAGAGUAUGUUCAGACGCUAUUAGAAGAUGAAUCGCUCUGUUUAAAUGAAGAACUGUAUCAAUUCUUGACCCCAAGUGAAAACACAAAGGAGCUUUCGCCACCAGUCGAGAAGAAGUCUGGGUUUUCAUUGAAAUCCGUGUUAAAAAGCCUACCUAUUGAUUUCAAUUUUACUGAUGAUCUGGACGAGGAACCAUCAGAAGAAGAUGGACCUGAACCUGGGGAUAGAAAAGAUUCAAUAGCCGAGCCACUUUAUGCUCUCACAAGCGAGGUUUUUGAAUUAAAGGGAGUUUUCAAGUGGCUUCGUCGUACUUUGAUUGCCUUUGUACAAGUUACAUUUGGUAGAACGAUCAACAGGGAAAUCAGAGUGUUGGUUGAAUGGGUCGUAUCUGAACCAAUGAUUGUUUACUACAUUCAGUCGUUUUGUGACGUCAUGUGGCCUCAAGGCAAGCUUGCUGCUGCUGCCCCUAUACGAACUGAUGCUGAGAAAAUAAAAACAAGGCGAAAAGUAAAAGAAAAACUUUUGGAAAUGACUCCAGAGGUUCUUCAGAACUUGGUAGGCAAAAGAAAUUGCAAGCCUGGAAUAAUAAAGAUGUUUGAGGCUUUUCAAGAUAUCCGAACCAACAAGCAUUUGGCUUAUUUGACAUUUGAACUGCUUAUAUUCACCGUUUUUCCUGAAAUACGAUCUGAAGCCUCACUAGAUUUGAACAGCGCAGACAAACAGAAGAACUCUGACGACGAAGCAACUUAGACUUACUCGUGUAGACAUUUACCAUUACGUGUUAAAAAUAAAUGAUAAUAAUUAUUAUAAUGCACUUUAAUCCUUAAAACAAAGUUAUUUAUUCAGCUAUAUAUGAAAGAAUUUUUCUGCCCUCUCGAUUUUAAAUUUUUAUAACUAUAUUUCACACAGAACUGUGAAAUUAUAUAUUUUAGUAUCCGAUGAAG